AUGAGGUCACCAGAACCGGCGUGCAACAGCAAUGCCCGUGAAUGGUCACCAUCAGAUGAAGAUUGUGUUCACGGUCACUCACAGAAUGCGGAAUCUGGUUACUAUGAUAAGGUAGUGAAGAAUCAGGUGAUAUUCGACGAAGAAUUCGGUUUAUUCACUGAACGCCAUCGUUCUAAUACCACCAAACAAGCACUUGCUCUUGAUGUGGUUGAUCGUUGUCGAAGGGUCCCUUCGAAUUGCACAUUAUCUAUUCUAAAUUUCAUACCGAUUCUAAAAUGGCUUCCCAAAUACAACUGUAGAGAGAAUCUUGUUUGCGACAUUAUUGGUGGUUUAACCGUUGGCAUUAUGAAUAUUCCGCAAGGAAUGGCUUAUGCAUCUUUAGCUGGUCUAAAUCCCGUAAAUGGCCUCUACACAUCAUUUUUUCCCGCUCUAAUCUAUAUGAUUUUCGGCACAUCACGACAUAACUCCCUGGGUGUAUUCGCUGUCGUGAGUCUUAUGGUCGGUAGCACGAAUAUUCGACUCACAAAACAGUUAAAUAAUAUAACAUCAGCGUUCGUCGAUUCAAGUAAUUCCACGGCUUCGAUUAUAUCUGAUGACAAUUCGAUUGGUGGUGUAGCAGCAUUACAGACUGUUACGUCAAUUGAGAUUGUGUCGGCGCUUACAUUAUGUGUAGGUUUAAUUCAGAUAGCAAUGGCCAUUUUACGACUUGAUUUCCUUACGGCUUAUAUGUCUGAACAAGUUAUGAGGGGCUUCACAACCGGCGCAGCUGUGCACGUUUUGAUUGCACAACUGAAUAAAAUCUUCGGUAUUCCUCUUCCGCGUUACGAUGGUUUUGCACGACUGUUUUAUAUGCUGCACGAUUUGAUCAAGCAACUACCAAAUGCAAAUAUUGCUACAACAAUAACAUCCUUCACAACGAUCAUUGUUUUGUUCAUGUGUAAGAAUCAUAUUGCUCCACGUUUGCAAAAAUUCACCAAGAUUCCGAUGCCUUUCGAACUUUUUGCUAUCAUUAUUGGUACAAGCGUUUCAUCUUUGUUGCAAAUGGAGGCAAAAUUCAAAAUGUCUGUUGUUGGCGAGAUACCACUUGGGCUUCCAGCUCCGUCCCCGCCUAACGUUCGCCUUCUAUCUUGGGUUCUCGGCGAUGCACUAGCGAUAGCUGUUAUUGUAGUGGCAGUUACUGUCUCUAUGGGUUCAGUUUUUGCCGCAAAACAUGACUAUUCGAUUGACGUUCGACAGGAGUUCUAUGCGUUGGGCAUAACCGAAUGUGUCACAUCAUUUUUUCCAUGUUUUCCAUCGUCAACGGCGCUUGCUCGUUCCAUGGUUUAUGAAGCGGCUGGCACCAAAACACAGUUGGCGACGAUUUUUUCGUCACUUUUGAUGCUUCUCGUUAUCUUUGUUCUUGGUACUUUUGUGAAACCGCUGCCAGUGUGUUUCUUAUCUUGCAUCAUAAUAGUCGCUUUAAAAAGCAUGCUAAUGCAACUCUCUGACCUAUCACCUCUAUGGCGACUGUCAAAAAUCGAUUUCGUAAUUUUGAUUCCAUUCUUCUGCAUUCAUUCACCUAUCCAUUUAUUCAAAUGCAUAUUUCUGCAGAGCAUUUGGUUAUUCACAUUUCUGGCAACAAUUCUUUGCGAUGUCAUACAGGGUCUUGCAAUUGGUGUUUUAUUUGCGCUUUUUAUGAUCAUAUUCAGGAUACAAAGGCCAGGAAUGAUCAAAUUAGGUCGUAUGAGUCAUUCGGAAGGCCUGACUUACUAUCGUGCAUUAGAGCGGUAUCGAGAUGCGUCGUUCAUCGAGAGUGUUUGUUGUGUACACUAUGAUAGCGGAGCGUUAUUGUUCGUCAAUGUUACACGAUUUAAACGAAUGCUAUUCACACUGCUCGAACCGCCAUCACAACGACAUCUAGCAAAGUCGAAUUCAGCGGAAUCAUUCGUGAUCGGUUCGACCAAGUUAGAAUCAUCAUUGUGCCAUUCGAAUUUAGAAGUAGUCUUACAUAAUCAAAAUCCGAAUGUUAACCAUUCUCUGCACCUGAAAACAUCACAUAAACGAAGUGCUUCGACCGCUUCUUCAACAGUCAAGAACGGCGGCAUCAUUCGACUGGAUGUGAAUAACGCUGACCGAGAUGAUGAUCGGGAGAAGAUUCUCACUUUGGACAGUUUCAAAGGUCCAUCCGAGAUCAAGUACAUUAUUGUCGAUUUAUCAAGCCUAUCAACCAUCGAUUUGAUGGGUGCGAAUGCUCUUAAAGAUGUUUAUCAAGAGAUGAAGCAACGAGAUAUAACUUUAUUUUAUUGCGCCACUCAAUUGUCAAUUCUGGAAUUCAUAAAACGUUGUCAGUUCGGCGAUCGUCUACCAUUCGCGGCUGUUUUCUAUCCAUCGAUACAGGAUGCCGUUCAUACAAUCAAUUUCGUUUUGCGACGUAAUUUGGUAGAAGAAGGUGGUGAUGAGAGUGAUAAACAAAUAACAACAACUCAACAUUCCGCUCCGAAAUAA